AUGUUCGAUGCAACUAUCUCAAAAUGUCUGCAGCUUCUACAUAUGUUCUUCGGUGAAUCAAAUUCCAUCGCGACACCAUCCGCUAACGAUGAGUUCGUUAGAUGGUACUUGGAGCUAUCAUUCACAGCUAGAGUGGUGAUUUACAUUACAGUUUUGGGGACUAUAAUGAUGAUUAUAUUUUUGAUAUUGAAAUUCCUGAGCGAAUGUGACAUGGAGGAUGACAUGGAGAGGUUACCAGUGGUGGCAGGAGAAGAAGUAGUCCCCAUUUGGACGCCACUGAUCAACGAGCCGUCUGAGGUAGUAACGGGGAAGGGAGACGUAGAAACUGCGUCGUUUAGCUCCUCGGACGACGAUGUGGACUACUCGACAUUGUGUGUCAUAUGUUUCGAGGAACGGAGAAACUGUUUCUUCGUACCAUGCGGUCACUCUGCCACUUGUCGCGGCUGUGCUCUGAAGAUCUUGUCCGAAGAAAGUAAGGUGUGUCCGAUUUGCCGGAGGGUAAUACGCAAAUCUAAGAGAUUAGUGUUGAAGAAAAUUUGA